AUGAAUAAGGCACCCUUUCCAGCCUUCGCUAGUACAAUUUCUAAGUAUAAAGUACGAAAAACCGAAGAUUUAGUUGCAGAUGGUAAAGCAUAUAUGAGACUAAAUCAAUUAGGUUACGCAUCAACUAAAAUUUAUUUUCAAAUCAUCUCUAUAAGACCAUACAUGCAAGAUAUUAUUACAAGACUUCCAUAUUGUGCAGAAGGACCACAGCCUCAAAUUCCAAUUUCCUAUAGUAAAGUUUUUAAUUUAGCAACUGCUCUGAAACAGUCGAUUGAUUACGUUGAUCAAUUCUACCCGCAAUCUCUUAAAAAUGGCGCCCACAUUAAAAACAUUAUUGACGCUAUAACUCCAGUAAAGAAAAUGAUGAUUGAUUUCGGUGAAGCAAAAGCAGCAUCAAUGGCAAGCAACAUUGAUUCUGCUACGAAAACAUUUACAACAUCAAUUGGAUACGUUGACCAAAUCAUCGCUAAUUGUUUCAAAUACGAGUCUGCUAUUCAAGCAAAGCUUCCGCCAUGCCCAAGCAGCCAACAGCAGCUUAUUAAUAACAUUGCAUCCGUUUUAAUUAGCUAUGAAUUAUUUUACGUCGACAUUUGCUGCUUAAUGAGCCUUCCUAACGUUCUUAAGUCAAAAGACGCUAUGUCCGUCAUUCAGAAUAUGAUAGCAAAUGUCAGAGCGUAUGCCGAUAAGAUCUUCCAAUCUUGCAGACUCGAAUCUACUCAAUUUUUACUCGAUACCGUCUCUAUUUCUACGAAAUUCCAAGUAUUUUGUACGAUAUUAUCCCAGCUUCAGCCAAUCAUCGGUCUCUGCUACGAAUUCUCGAGAACAACAAUUUCUCUCAUUACAGCCAUCCAAACGACGAAUGAUCUCAUCUGCAAGUUAGAGGUUAAGUCAUUAAUGGAUCUCAUGAAAAAUGCAACGGCUGCUUACCUCAACAAAAAAUCUUUCGAACAAAGUAUUAUGAUUGCGAAAAUUUUACUCCAAAUGUAUCAAGAAAAAUACAUUAUCGGCAAUAACGUUUAUGUCAAUCAAUCUACACUUGCUGCUUACCAGUCUUUGGUUAAAAUGCUCGAUAAUUGCUCACAAACUACAGAAUUAGCCGCUUUUACAAUACUUUCUGUUUGCAGAUUUAUCAGUGCACAGUAUCCUGAUGCCAGACUUAGCGAAGAUUUACUUAUUGCCCUCAGCCAGAAAAUUGCAAUUAUUACACGCCAAUUCCAUAAGGAAGGACGUGACCUCAACCAGCAAUUAAUCGAUAUCAUCGAAGCACAUCUCGAAAUCUUCCCAGAGAAGCCACUUGCUGAAGUAAAUUAUUUCAUGACCGCAAUCAAGAAGAAUUCAACGUAUAACAUCGACUCAGAUGGGUUUGUUCUUUUACAGCAGUCCAUAUUCGAUAUGAUCGCAGGAAUUCCAACUUCCCUCAUGAAAUUAAUUUCUUUGAUCGAUGAUACAGAGGUACAAUCCCAAAUGACUGCAAUUUUGAAGAAAUUCCAGCCACUUAGUACUCGUUUUGGCCUCUGGCUCCAUCUUUAUUACACAUCUGUUGUUACAAUCGUUCACAACAGAGCGGAAUCGGUCCACGACAUUCUUAAUUAUUCUCUUUCCUUAUUGCUUGGUAAAAGCCAAGAGCAGGACCUCCAACUCGUUCGUGUUCAAGCAUUGGUAAAUUCGAUCGCUUCAAUUCUCUCAAAUACACCUCAGAAUUUCACAUUCGACCUUCUUGAAGUGUCAAAACUCAUCGCUCAGCUUCAAGAUAUCUCUGAAGGAGGAAAUGAUUUCUUGAAAGUGGUACAAGGAAUGAUUGGCCAUCCAUACUACCAACUCUUGCAUGUUGCUGCUCAGAGCUUAGUCAAAAUCGCUGCUCCUCUUCCUGCUCCAGCUCAAUGUCUCCCAUCUUUGGUCAAUUUCGAAGACAAAGCCGUUUUUACAGCUGCUCUUCUUUCCCAUAUAUCAAGAUCCCUUUUGUUGGCCAAGAAUAACGAAUUUAACGCUGCAAACAACGAUUCAACAAUUUUAUUCUACUUUGCAUCAAGUUUCACUUUCAUGCUGAUGAAUGAUGCAAUGGUUGCAACGUCAGGAACCAAUGGAGCCUUCCUUGUCCAAUAUUCUGCCCCUCUCAGAUCAUCUAUUGACGUAUUCAACACAAUCGCCACGAAUAUCUGUCUGCAGAAGAACCCACCUGAAGCACAGCAUCUUCCUACAUACAUACAGUCCAUAAUUAAGACGAAUUCUGAUAUGUAUAAUCUUGCGAUUUCCCAACCACAGCCAAUGAUCUUCUACAAGAUGCCGCAGACCAUCAAAGACAUGAAAGUUGCAGAAGAACAAGCUAAAUCCCUUCCAAACGCCAUGCUCAGGAACUUUGCUCCAGAUUUGGUCAGAGCCAUCGCAAAAGGCACGAAUUCCGACACAAAGAGUGCAAUCCAGAACUGGUACGACCUCGCAAAGAAGCCAGAUGGCGAUCUCGAUAAAGGCCUCAACGGUUUCAUCAACACUUGUGUUAAAAUUUAUAAUAAUGGAAAAAGUGACAUGAAAAACUUUGUUCCAGCGAUGAACCAAUUAUCUGUUUCUCUUGCCAUGAACGAGAACAUGUUUGGCCGCAACAUUGCACCUGUCAUGAACUCUCUCCACAAGCAGAUUCUCGAACAAGGAGUUCAAUACAUGGACGAUCCAAACAACAUGCAGAAGAUCAUGGGAAUGAUCGCGACAGCAACACAAGUGAGAGCAUUUCCAGAGUUGUCGAAGCUCAAACUCAAAGACGUCGAUCAGUACACAACAGCUGAUGUCCGUGGAAUCAUCAAAGCAUUCCAUAAACUCAGAACCAAAGGAAAAUCAGCGUCAACAGAUGAUUUGGUUUCUGUUUUGGAAGCAUUGAAGAAUUUAGAAGCUUUCUAUGCUUUGUAUCCUAAUCCGAACCCGUUGAUGACGAAGAAUUUCGUUGAUACAAUUGUCGCUGGUUCUCCGAAGAAAGACGAAAUUGACAGUGCCAUCAAAUACUUUGCAGACAGGUUGAAUGUUUUGGUUCCUCUAUUGUACAAAUCUGUCGAUAGAAUAAGAGAUCUCGAUGCAUUGAUUGAUUUGACAUAUGACAAAUUUGACAUGUUUAAAGAGGAAAUACAAAAAGCAAUCAAAACUGUUGUCGACAAAGGAACAUUUGAGAAUCUUUACAACGCAUUGAAUAACUGUAUGUUAUGUGUUGCUGAUUCAUGUGUUCUUGGAAACCAAUCUCUUGUUUUAAGAGGAAUCCAAGAAAGUGAAGCAACAAAGGAACUCUUGGAUAAUUAUACGCAAUUACAAGACCAAAUAUUGAGUUUCGGAUCUGAUUGCGUCAAAAACAGAAAAGAGAAGAAAGGAAACGAGGCAAAGAUGACAGAAGCUGCUAAGAGCAUGAUCAAACUCUUCGACAAUUUGUUGAAUGUCGUUGAAAAGCCAAACUACAAUGAACGUGGUCCAGCAACAAACUUCAUUGCAAAUCAAUACAAACUUUACAACGCUGCAAACAAAGUUGCUUGCGAUCUAGCGUACGCCGUAGAACUCUCUGCUUCUAGUAUUGUCCCUGCGAUGUUCACAGAUGGAUGCAAUGACUUCCAAUACAGAUUUGGUAAUGAUUUGCCAAAUGCUACAAGAAACGGUCAAAAUUUGAAACAAAAAGCCGUUGGCAAAACCGCCGAAUUUACAUCAUCCAUGGAAACAUUUGAGAAAAGCAAUAAUGCUGCUUGUAAGGCAUUACCUGGUCUCAAAUGUGGUGACUCGAGUUAUCCAAUUGAUGCCAUUUCUGAUAAGCUUUCAACAGCUUUAGUUGAUAUGAAGAAAUACAUCAAAAACGCAUCAGAUUUGACCGACCAAACAACUCAAGCUCCUGAUGCCCAGAACGCCAUGAAACUUCCAGAAGACUACAUAUUACCAGCAGCUCCUGAAAAAGCUCCUUCUUUGAACAAGGCAUGGAACGAUUUGCAGAAAGCAAAUACAUCAUUGGUUGCAGAAGUUGCCAAAUUCAGAAAAGCCAUUGAUGUUCCAAAAGUCACAAAUGAAGAGCUCGUUAAUGCUGUUCUUGCCUUCAGGAAAGUUGCCGACAAGUUCGGUGAUGCGGGUGUAGGAAUGACAGCAGCAACUCCUGAUCAGAGAAUCAGAGUUGCAACACAAGCCGCUUUGUACGGAUGGGGAAGUAACGUAACAAAUGUACAAAAUGCCAUCAGAUCAAGAUUGUUGAGAGUUCCUGGAUACGAUGAAGAACUUAAAGAUUCAUGCGAUUCAUUGAUUUCUUCAAUGUUGAGAGUAAUGAAACUUGCUGAUGAAGCAUCAAGAAUUGUUGCAUCGAAUGGAGAUGAAGGAUUAGAUGAUGUAACAAGACAAUUAGUUGCAACAGCAAGAGAAGUCGAUGCUUUGAUGGCACAAAUGAGUACUAUUGAAGACAAAGUCAAUACAAACGCUUUGGGAGGAAAGAACCAAGAUGUAAUGAAGAUUAACGCUCCUACUGAGAAAGAUAUCAAUAACCCUGAUUGGCUCAUUGCGUUCGUUGUUUCUUGCGCAAAAAUCAUUCUCAAAGCUGCAUCAAUUAUUGUUACAAGAUCAAAGGAAAUCACUUCUAAAACUAUUGCUAAACAAGGUAAAGUUGAUAACGAAAAAGGUUACAUUAAAUCAGCAACAGAAAUCUCUGAAUCUGCAAAGUUGCUGAUGUUCGUAGCUGAUUUGUUAAUCAGCGGAAAGGAUGAUGAAAUCGAAUACAAAAUCAUUGCAGCAGCAAAGAUUAUCAAUGGUGCAAUUGCUUCUCUUGUAGCUGUUAUGGGUGUUAAAGGUUCUGAUUUAGAACUGAAGAUGCAAGUUAAAACAGUAAGAGAUACAACUGAUAAACUUAUCAAAGUAGUUGAUAAAUACAUCAACAUGAAACUUGAUGAGAAAGAUAAACAUGAACCAAAGAAGACAACAAAUCCAAUGAUUCUCAGAUUAAAUAUGCAACAACAGGUCAAUGCUCAACGCAAACUCCUUGAAGAAGAAGAAAAGAGAUUAUUCCAGUUCCGUAGAUCUUUCGGAAAGGUUUAA